AUGUCGCCUUCACGAGCCACGCCCGCGAUAAGAGCUACCGCCGCCAGUCGAACCACCUCGUCGGCCUCGUUCCACGCCGGCGCGCCGAUUCCUACACUCAGCGCAAUGCGACGACAGUCUCAUCGCUACCAGACCUUUCCCACGACGCCGCCGAAGACGCCCCUCGAGCAGCCUUCUCCCCCGUCCGACGCGAGUUCUACCGCUUCCGAAGACGAUGACGAUGAGACACCACUGCCUGUUCGCCAGCUACUUCUGCUGGCGUUCCUGUCUCUGGCUGAGCAGACCGCCCUGAACUCGAUAUCUCCAUACCUCCCCGACAUGGUGGUGUCCAUGCCAGGGAUCCCUCCUGCCGAGGCCGGCCUGUAUGUCGGGAUUCUGGCCAGCGCAUUCGCAUUGGCUCAGCUGUCAACAAAUUUCCUCUGGGGAUACGCAUCAGACGUGAUUGGGAGGAAGCCUGUCCUGAUCAUGGGCACAUUUGCGCUCAUGUGCUGCUUCUGCGUGUUUGGACUUUGUAAGCAGUACUGGCAGAUUGUGGUGGUCCAUGUCGCCAUGGGGUUGUUGAAUGGCAAUGCCGCCUGCGUCCCGACGGUUCUAGGCGAGGUCACCGAUCGAUCCAACCAGAGCCGAGCCUUUACCUAUCUGCCCGUUAUAUAUUCCCUGGGCAGUAUCACUGGGCCUGCCUUGGGUGGCAUUCUUGUCGGCAAGGUAGGAAACGAGUUUCCUUAUCUGGCGCCGAACAUUCUUGCGGCUGCGCUGCUUGCGUGCAGUGUUGUCGUGGUUGGGAUCUGGUUCGAGGAAACUCUUGACAAAUCCCAGGUCAGCUUCGAGCUGCCCGCUUGGGUACAGAAGGUCCUGUCAUGGCUCCCCUCUCGAAAGCCGCCGCCAAGACGUCACUCUUGGAGCGCACGAUGGCCUCGUGCUCGAUCGCAUACCCAACCGCUGUUGUCCACGGGCGACUCUGAUGACUCGGACGAUGAAGCGGAAGAUGACGACGACGACGACGAAGACACUAAGCUAGAUCCCGCGAGAUCUACGUGGAAAGAACUUACUGGCACCACCAUCCUUGUCUUGUGCACGUAUCUCGUCUUUCAACUCUCAAACAUCUCCUUCAACAGCCUGUACCCAAUCUUUGCUGCCACCCCCCCACCAGCUGGUCGCGACCUUCUUCCCAGCAAGAUUGGCGUCAGCCUAAGUGUCGCUGGGCUGGCCAGCAUCAUCUUCCAAGCUUUCCUGUUUCAGCCAUUCAAGACCAGGAUGGGAAAUCUUGGUACAUAUCAGCUUGCCCUCUUGGGUCUCGGCAUCAGCAUGGUAUUGAUGCCGUGGGUUGGGUACGCCGACGACAAGCCGCUGUUUGGCGUUGGGUCUGGGAAGCUGUGGCUUUACUUGGAGCUUGGGGUGGUGUUGAUCCUCAAGAACCUCUGUGCUGUGGGUGGCCUAUCGAGCGUCAUGCUCUUGAUUACGAACUCUGCCCCAUCACACGCGAGUCUCGGGAGCCUGAACGGUCUGGCGCAGACCCUUUCCGCCCUGGGUCGCAGCAUUGGGCCCUUUGUGUCUGGUGCCCUGUUUACGCUGUCAACUCGCAUCCAUCCCAAGGGCGAGGCCCUCGCAUGGAGUCUGUUCGGCGGCCUGGCCAUCUGCGGUUGGAUUGCUUCCUUGUUCAUCCAUGGCGCUGGCCUCGAGAGCGACGAUUGGGUAGGCUCCGAGGAUGCUUCCACCGAGACAGAGUCAGCUUGA